AUGGAGUCGCUUGAUACUGCUGCUGGUUUCAUGGUGGAUGACCUUUUGGACUUCGGUUCUGAUAUAGGAGAGGAGGAUGAUGAUGAAGAACACCAAAACAACAACAAAAAACCCAGAAAGGCACUUCCUUCCCUUAACCCUAAUGUCCUUGCCCCGGCUUCUUUCAACGUUUUGGAACAUACUUUGUUACCUGAAUUUGCAGAGGAAGAGCUGGAAUGGCUAUCAAACAAAGAUGCGUUCCCGACGGUGGAAACUUGCUUUGGCAUUCCCUCCGAGGAGCCAGGCAGCAUUCCUAAACACCACAGCCCAGUUUCCGUGCUUGAAAACAGCACCACGAGCAGUACUAGCAACAGUGGGAAUAACAGUAAUAGUAGCAUUAUUAUGAGUUACUGUAGCCUUCGCGUGCCUGUGAAGGCUCGCAGCAAGCACCACCACAGGCGCCCUCGAGAAAUCCAAGAGCAAGAGUGCUGGUGGAGUCAGGAAAAUUUGAUGAGGAGGAAACCGGCUGUGUCAGUAGCAAAAUUGGGGAGAAAAUGUCAGCACUGUGGUGUUGAAAAGACCCCGCAAUGGCGGGCAGGUCCAGAUGGGCCUAAAACUUUGUGUAAUGCGUGCGGGGUUAGAUACAAGUCUGGUAGAUUGGUGCCCGAGUACCGGCCUGCAAAUAGUCCUACGUUCUCCAGCAAAUUGCAUUCGAAUUCACAUAGGAAGGUUGUGGAAAUGAGGAAGCAGAAGCAGAUGAUGGGGUUGGCUGUUGUGAAGCCAAUGGAUAAAGGGAAUGCAUUGAAAAGGAAGAAAGAGGUUUUGGGUCUUAAAGACCAGGCUCGUAGAGUCAUAGCCCCUUAUCUUUUCAUGGAACAAUUGGUUAAACGCAUCUAUGCUUAUGCAAAAUCUGAAGAUAAUGAUGUGGACGAUAAUUUACAUAUCUUCCUAUUUUUUUGGCACAAUCAAGAAAAUCCGAAGAUAAUGACUGCUCACCGGAAGGAGCGUACCAUGCAUUCAUUAUUCGAUACUGAUGCCAGCUUUAGCGGGUUGACGAUAGACCGGACCCCAUAUUGUGAUAAAUACUCGAGUCUUGAUCAGUUGAGAUGGAAGGAGGCUUGGCCUUGGAGCGUAUUAAAAUAUUUGCGCAUUGAAAAGGAACAUGACUCCAUUUUAGGGAUACGAAAUCCUGGAAAGGACAUAAAUGAUUUGCAAUCUAAUUCAAAAACUCAACCAGUAGGAGGUUAA